UCCAGUUCCGAUCCAUUCAGCAUGUGUUCUGCAAAAACGUUCACAAGAUGAGUGCAAAAAUAAACUAAAUGUAUAUAAAUAAAAAUUGUUAAAGACUUAUUAUUGUAUUGACAAUUUGUUACCAUUGUUUGUAGCACAAAAAUGUUACUUAAUAGAAUAUUGUCCUUACGAGUGUUUCCAAGGAAAAUUGGAUCCUAUUCGGAAAGAACGCAACAUCAAUUGAACACUGCAAUUAAAUUACUCUCGUCAGUUUCGUCAAAUUCAUCAGAUUCCUCAGAUAAUUCUGAUUCGAGUUCUGAUUCAGAUAAUGAGGGAAGAAAAUCGAAAUUACAAACUUCUUCGAAACCGGUUGAAAAUUUAAAUGAACAAAUUAAUGACGCAAAUCUCAGUGAACUCAAGAAUGCGAGUAAUGAAAAAGAAGUGCCUAAAAUUGAUCUUGCGAUUCCUAAAAAACCACCGAGACCUAAACCAGAAGAAACAUCAGCUCCAACUCAAGAAUCUAAAUUCGAGGAAAAGUUUCUCAAUGCUGCAAAAAAUGUUGCCAAGAAAUUAGGCGGAGAUACGGAAAAAAUGGAAUCAGAUUUAUUAAAUCGUCUUCUAAAACCAAGAGAGAAAACCGAAAAUGUUUCUUCAGAAACUUCAGAAGAUUUAAGUCAUCUUUUGAAAGGAAUGAAAGUAAAAAAUACUAGUAAUGAGGAGAAUUAUAGAAGGAACAAAAUACAGCGCGUUCGUUCUGCUUCGAACAAAAUUAACAAUCUUAAUAUUGAAUUUAAAAAAGAGACAUCAGAUCAAAUUUUACGAGAUUUGAAAGGAGAAGAAACGACUGAAAAAUCAGUGAAAACAGAAAGGGGACCGUCGACACUGUCUGCACUCUUGAAAGAACGCAAACAACAAAAACGGGAGCAAACGUCUGAAAAAUCAGUGAAUACUGAAAAAGUAUCGUCGGCACUUUUUACUCUUUUAAAAGAAAGUGAACAACAAGAAAGGGAGAAAACGACUGAAAAAUCAGUGAUAACAGAAAGGGGACCAUCGACACUGUCUGCACUCUUGAAAGAACGACAUCAACAAGAACGAAGCGCUUCAAGUAAAUCAGAGGAAACAAAACCUGAAUAUUCCAGAAGGGAAAAUUCUGCUGCUUCGAUAAUGUAUUCUCUUAUAAACGAUCGGAGGCGCAGACGUAGUCACGAUGACAUUGAAGAGGAUGGGACAAGUGUAUUGAAUUCCUCAUUGAAUGGCUUUGGAAUUUUAAAAAUAUCAACAGAGGAGCCGUUAAUUGAGGAAUUAUCAACUUGGUCGCAAUUAGAAAAAAGGGAAAUAAAAAUUCUGGAAUAUCAACCACCCCAAAAUUAUUUUCAAGAAAUGAUUCAGUGGACGGAUCAAGGAAAAGUUUGGCAUUUUCCAAUUAACAAUGAACAAGGAAUGGACGAAGAAGAAAAAGUACAUUUUUCCGAGCAUGUAUUUAUGGAGCGUCAUUUGAAGGGAUGGUGUCCAAAGCACGGUCCAGUUCGACAAUUUAUGGAAUUGGUGUGCGUUGGUCUUUCGAAAAAUGCAUUUAUGACAGUCGAUGAGAAAGUUCAACACAUUAUGUGGUACAAAGAUUACUUUGGAGAUAAACGGGAAUUAUUACAGGAACUUGGAGCACUUGAAAAUGAAAAUCCAUCUGUUCUGCCAGUGCCAACGAAUAAAAUUGACUUAGGACCUCAUGUUUAAAUAUUCGUAAAUAUUCUACUAAUUAUAUAGAUAAAACAUUCAUAAUUUGUUUUAAAUAAAGUGAAAAUGUUUAUUAAAUUUA